AUGGCGACAGUCUAUCGACCGCAUUCCACGACGAACUCCAUGAGCUUUUCCAGAGGCAAGCGCUCUCCAAACACGGCCACCGUGGCGCACCAUGGCGCCACCCACGGCGCCACCCACGGCGCCGGCUGCGGCUUCGGGCGGCCCUCGUCCACGCCGGCAGUGCGGCGGGCGUCGACGACGCGGUCCAUGGAGAAGCAGCCCUUGCAGUACUGGAACCAACAAGCAAGGAACUACGAUGACAACAUCUUCUCCACGAUUGACGAGGACGCCACGGGGGUCAUCCUGGACGUCAUCCGCUCCCACGGCAGCCAGGACGACUGCAGGGCCUCGCGCUGUGUGGACCUGGGCUGCGGCGUCGGAAAGUACCUGCCCGCGCUCUCCAAGCAUUUUCGCCAGGUGAUGGCUUACGAUCUGAGCCCAAAGUUGGUCGCGCUGGCGCUCAAGGAGGUGAAGCGAAAGAACUUGGAGAAUGUGAGCGUCGCAGUGAGGGACCUCGCACAGGUCUGGUACAGAAGUGAUCCUUCAGGAGCUUGUUUUGGGAGGUUGGAUGAACUCGAAUCCUUUGGAUUUGGAGUCAUGGCCAAUGUGCUGAUCGCGCCCGGAGACGUGCAACUUCAUGAGUUGAUGCUGUGCAACGCCCACCGUUCGCUGUGUCCUGGGGGCCGGCUGUUGUGCAUCGUGCCAUCGCUGGAGAGCGCGUUGUACGUGCACCAACGUUGUGAGGAAGAAAGAUCCGAGGGUCCCUACUGCUUGGGUGCGGGCGAUUCCCGGCCCAGCAGGGCUGAGGCGGCGGAUCUGCUGAAGGGCGUCUUGAGACGCUCGGGGGUGCGCACCAAACACUUUUUGGAGCCCGAAUUUCGACUCCUGGCCUCCAAAGGAGGCUUCCAGGUGGAGUCCGUCCAACGUGUCACAUACCACUGGCGUUCAGAGCUGGGCCUGGCCUCAGACGGCCAGGUGCCGCAGAGGUUGCGCGAGUCGCCACUACCGUGGGACUGGCUCUUCCUCCUUCACAAGGCCCCUCUGCCAUCCCGGGACGCGCCGGCCGCGGCGAUGGCCGCGCUGCUUCCAACGGCGCUCCGGGAGGCGCGGAGCGAGUCGGAGGGCCGGCUGCCGACGCUGCUGAGACCCAAGAAGGAAGAGAACGGUGCAAGAAUGACCGAUAGCCAGAAGGCUUUGUUUUCGACGAAUCGACCGUCCACCGUGUCACCCUUGUGA